AUGGAGAACAGAUCUGAAGUGAAUGAGUUCAUCCUUGUAGGAUUAACAGAUGCCCCAGAGCUUCAGGUUCCUCUCUUCAUAAUGUUCUCCUUCAUCUACCUCAUCACCCUGGUAGGGAACCUGGGGAUAGUAGCUCUGAUCUCCUGGGAUUCUCACCUCCACACUCCCAUGUACUUUUUCCUUAGUAACCUCUCCCUGGUGGAUUUUGGCUACUCCUCAGCUGUUACACCCAAGGUGAUGGCUGGGAUCCUCACGGGUAACAAGGUCAUCUACUAUAAUGCAUGUGCAGCACAGUUGUUUUUCUUUAUGGCCUUUGCAACAGUUGAAAGUUUCCUUUUGGCUUCCAUGUCCUAUGAUCGCCAUGCAGCUGUGUGUAAGCCCCUACAUUAUACCACUACCAUGACUUCAACAGUAUGUGCAUUUCUGGCCAGUGGUGCUCACAUCUGUGGCUUUCUGGCCUCCUCCAUAGCCACAGGAAACACGUUUAGCCUUUCAUUUUGUAGAUCCAAAGUGGUCCAUCACUUCUUCUGUGAUGUUCCCCCUCUCUUAGUUCUUUCUUGCUCUGAUACUCACAUCAUUGAGUUUUUAUUCUUUAUCUUAGGUUCAUUCACUGUCUUUUUCCCAUUUCUUGUCAUCUUUGCCUCUUACUUAUUAAUCUUCAUCACCAUCCUGAGGAUCCAUUCUGCUAAAGGCCGCCAGAAAGCCUUCUACACCUGUGCUUCCCAUCUCACAGUAGUGUCCAUAUUUUAUGGGACAAUCACAUUCAUGUACUUCCAACCCAACUCAAGCCAUUCCAUGGACACAGACAAAAUAGUGUCAGCGUUCUACACUAUGGUCAUCCCCCUGUUGAACGCUCUGGUCUAUAGUCUUAGGAACAAAAAUGUCAAGAAUGCUUUUAGGAAAGCUGUGAGAGGACAAUGA